CAGAAGUACUAAUGACUUAAAGAUCCCGGAUUCUUUGUGGUGACAUUGAAGAGCAAGCACUAAGAUCAGAAGAUGAGUGAACUUGACCAGCUACGGCAGGAAGCCGAGCAACUUAAAAACCAAAUUAGAGAUGCAAGAAAAGCAUGUGCAGAUGCAACUCUCUCCCAGAUCACAAACAACAUCGACCCAGUGGGAAGAAUCCAGAUGCGCACCAGGAGAACGCUGAGGGGGCACCUGGCUAAGAUUUAUGCCAUGCACUGGGGCACGGACUCCAGGCUGCUUGUUAGUGCCUCGCAAGAUGGCAAACUUAUCAUCUGGGAUAGCUACACCACCAACAAGGUCCAUGCCAUUCCUCUGCGCUCCUCUUGGGUCAUGACCUGUGCAUAUGCCCCUUCUGGGAACUAUGUGGCCUGUGGUGGCCUCGACAACAUCUGCUCUAUUUACAAUCUCAAAACUCGCGAAGGGAAUGUACGCGUGAGCCGUGAGCUGGCCGGACACACAGGUUACCUGUCCUGCUGCCGCUUCUUAGAUGACAAUCAGAUCGUCACCAGCUCUGGAGACACCACCUGUGCGCUGUGGGAUAUAGAGACUGGCCAGCAGACGACCACGUUCACAGGACACACCGGGGACGUCAUGAGCCUGUCCCUGGCUCCAGACACCAGAUUGUUUGUUUCUGGUGCUUGUGACGCUUCGGCCAAGCUCUGGGACGUGCGAGAAGGGAUGUGUCGGCAGACCUUCACUGGCCACGAGUCGGACAUCAACGCCAUCUGUUUCUUUCCAAAUGGUAAUGCAUUUGCCACCGGCUCAGAUGACGCCACCUGCAGGCUGUUUGACCUCCGUGCAGACCAGGAGCUCAUGACGUACUCCCAUGACAACAUCAUCUGUGGGAUCACCUCUGUCUCCUUCUCCAAGAGCGGCCGCCUCCUCCUUGCUGGCUAUGACGACUUCAACUGCAAUGUCUGGGAUGCGCUCAAGGCCGACAGGGCUGGUGUCCUGGCUGGGCAUGACAACCGUGUCAGCUGCCUGGGGGUGACUGAUGAUGGCAUGGCCGUGGCGACGGGGUCCUGGGACAGCUUCCUCAAGAUCUGGAACUAACGCCGACAGGUGGGCUCCACGGUGACUGGAAGACCAUUCCAACCCUGACGAGUGACAGUGAUAGCAUAUCCGCCCAACCGUACUAACCUGGACCCCGACACCCCUCAGAACUUCCAAAGGGCAAGACCUUCUUUCCUUCACUGAUUGCUGGAACAAAGAGCACAAUUCCCACGAAGAGAAGACUCUGGCUGUCAACUGAAACAAAUUGUGCAUUCCUCUCGGGACCAUUGUCUUUGUUUUCUUCUCUUGUCUUGAAUGAAUUUUAAAAGGAAAUACUAUAAUAAAAAUGUUAACCAGAAGGUAAACUUGAGUGUAAUUGUGAACCAGACAACAACUCUCACUAGUUUAUUUGAACUUUAGACCAGUGACCCUGUUUUGUGAUGUUCAUGCAGAACAAGUUGAGGACUCUGUUUUAUCUUGUAAUAGUUUCUAAACUUCAAGUCUGUUAGCAGGAUUUUGAAAACAUUCAUAUUUCCUUUUUAAAGUAUCUUCCUUUAUGUUCAGUAGUCAACCGGAACAGGGGAGUCUCUCGUAGCCCCCCUGAGAUGGUCCCCGAUGUAAAGUGAGUCCCUGGAUUGGUUUUCUGUUCGUGUCAUGGUGCCUGUCACGCGCAGACAUGGCUGGGAGGUGGCAGCGGUGUGUGGCCUCGUCCGUGCCAUGGGCGCUGCGAGUGUGCGACUCAGAACUGCCCAGCCCACUCCCGGCUGCUGAGACCAGGCACCCUCUCCGCCUGUAGUCUCCCUCCUUCAGCCCAGUUUUGAGCCCCCCUCAGGCUUUCUGUGGUGUUGGGGGGACGUUUCUGUGACCUGACACUACCCCACAGCCCUCCUGCCCCCACACCACCACGACCACCACCACCCACCAUCAGGAGAGGCCCACCCUGCGCUUGGGUCGUCAGUCAAUUGUUUGUGUAUGAAACAAUGUACAAAUCAAUGUUUUGAAAAUAAUGAUCUCAAAGUUUCUAAGUUAAAUUUUAAAAAAUUUGAUCGUUUGCCAUAUUGGGUGGGGUUUACUCUUAGAAUCGCAUGCUGUAGAAAUGCUCCAAGUGCAUAUAGGACUCUGUCCUUAGGUGUUUUUUUCUUUUAAGAAGUAACCCUUCACCAUUGUCGCCACGGCGGCUUGUCCCCUGUCACUGCUCUGUGCACAUGUAGGCAGCACACCAAGCGGCGCUGCACCUGGUCCUUUGUCUGAGAGCGGCCUGCUCUGAACCAUGGUUGCUACGACCUGAGGAGGGGCGGGAGCGGGGAGCCCUCACACCUGCCCUCCCCUGGGGAGAGCCUCAGAUAGGAGGCAGGCCAUUUUCAUAACACGCAGCUCUCCCCGGGUUCCUUGUCCCCUCAAGUGUCCAGCAGCAGCGUUAGGCCGCAGGGUGUUGUGUUGGCUCUCCCGCCUUCCCUCUGUCCCCAGGAGCGCUCCUCCAUAGCAGCAGAUAGUGGCUUGUCCAUUCUGUCCUCUGCGGUGCCCGCACCCACUGUGCUGUGACUGUGCGGUCGGCCUGGGUCGGCAAAAGAAUCAAACGAGCCCCUCUUCCUUCUCCAUAAACCACUCUGUAGAGCUCUCCGCACCUGUACCCCUUUCACCUUUUGUAUUUAAUUUUAAAGUCCGUGUACUGCAAGGAAGCUGGAUGCAAGAUAGAUCCUAUAUUAAACUGUACUGUUAUUUAAGAUGUAAUAAAGCAGUUUGACAUGA